UGGCCGGAGCCGAACCCUCCCUCACCUCGACACGGUGUCUCCAGCGCAUCCCGGGUCCCUGCUUCACCCGCCCGCCUCAGUGACCGUGUCCCAUCACGGGGCCAACGUCCAGUUCAAGCCGGAAACCUCACCAUAACCUCGGCGAGGGAAGCAACGAGGAUGUCUCCACCAGAAACCUUUUUAUAACGCCAACUUGAAAAGACAAUCCCAUGGGCCCUAGUAGAAGGACGCCGGCAGAGUGGAGAUGUUCAGAAAGAGGCCUCAUCCGGAGGAGGAGAGAAGAGUCCGAGCCAAUGACAGAGAGUACAACGAAAAGUUUCAGUACGCGAGUAACUGCAUUAUGACAUCCAAGUACAACAUUGUCACCUUUCUGCCCGUCAACUUGUUUGAGCAGUUCCAGGAAGUAGCCAACACCUACUUCCUUUUCCUGCUCAUACUGCAGCUAAUACCUCAGAUCUCCUCCCUCUCCUGGUUCACUACCAUUGUGCCUUUAGCUCUGGUGCUGAGCAUCACCGCAGUAAAGGAUGCCACAGAUGACUAUUUUCGUCAUAAGAGCGACAACCAAGUGAACAACCGCCAGUCUCAGGUCCUCAUCCGUGGCUUGCUACAGAAUGAAAAGUGGAUGAAUGUUCGAGUGGGUGAUGUCACUAAACUGGAAAACAACCAGUUUGUGUCAGCUGACCUGCUCCUGUUGUCCAGCAGCGAACCUCAUGGACUCUGUUACAUUGAGACAGCCGAGCUGGAUGGAGAGACCAAUAUGAAGGUCCGUCAGUCCGUCUCAGUGACAUCUGAACUUGGAAACCAGAACAACUUGGCUUCAUUCGACGGUGAGGUGGUGUGUGAGCCCCCCAACAACAAGCUGGAUCGGUUCUGUGGGACUCUGUACUGGAGAGACAAGAAAUACACCCUGACGAACCAGAACAUGCUGCUAAGAGGAUGUGUCCUCCGCAACACAGAGGCCUGCUACGGCCUGGUUAUCUUCGCAGGCCCAGAUACCAAGCUAAUGCAGAACAGCGGUCGCACCAAGUUUAAGCGUACAAGCAUCGAUCGCCUGAUGAACACUCUGGUCCUCUGGAUCUUUGGCUUCCUAGUGUGUAUGGGUGUGAUCCUGGCUGUGGGUAACGCAGUGUGGGAGAGAGAGGUGGGCUCCCUGUUUCAGAGCUAUCUGCCCUGGGACCCUCCCGUGGACAACUUCCUGUUCUCAGCCUUCCUCGCCUUCUGGUCUUACGUCAUCAUUCUCAACACAGUGGUGCCUAUCUCUCUGUAUGUGAGUGUGGAGGUGAUCCGGCUGGGCCAUAGCUACUUCAUUAACUGGGACCAGGAGAUGUUCUGCUCCCAGUGUAACACGGCAGCUGAGGCCAGGACCACCACUCUGAACGAAGAGCUCGGCCAGGUUGAAUACAUCUUCAGUGACAAGACUGGAACUCUCACUCAGAACAUCAUGAGCUUCAAUAAGUGCUCCAUCAAUGGACAGACUUACGGGGAAGGAACGGACCCGUUGGGACCUCGGCCAAAGAGAUUGGACUUCACCCCCUUCAACCCCUUGGCGGACCCGGACUUCUGUUUCUAUGACGACACCCUGCUGGAAUCAGUGAAAGUGGGAGACGCACACGCUCACACGUUUUUCCGCCUGCUUUCCCUCUGUCACACCGUUAUGAGUGAGGAGAAGAGCGAGGGAGAGCUGGUUUAUAAGGCUCAGUCGCCAGAUGAGGGGGCUCUCGUGACGGCAGCUCGAAACUUCGGCUUCGUGUUUCGCUCCCGAACACCUGGGACGAUAACUACGACGGAGAUGGGACGACCUGUCACCUACACUCUGCUUGCCAUACUGGACUUCAAUAACAUACGCAAGAGAAUGUCUGUUAUAGUGCGUAACCCAGAGGGUCGUAUCCGUCUGUACUGUAAAGGAGCUGACACUGUGCUGCUGGAGAGACUCCACCCCUGUAACCAGGAACUGAUGAAUGUCACCUCGGACCACCUCAAUGAGUAUGCUGCCGAUGGUUUGCGGACUCUGGUGCUGGCCUACAGGGACCUGUCAGAGGAUGAGUGGGAGGCGUGGUCAGAGAGCCACCGCUGCGCUGAGAAGGCCGCCAGCUGCAGAGAGGACCGAAUGGCAGCCGCUUAUGAGCAGAUAGAACAAGACAUGAUGCUCCUGGGGGCCACAGCUAUAGAGGACAAGCUGCAGGAAGGCGUCCCAGAGACCAUCGCUGUCCUCUCUCUGGCUAACAUUAAGAUCUGGGUUCUCACUGGAGACAAGCAGGAGACAGCUGUCAAUAUAGGCUAUUCCUGCAAGAUGCUGACAGAUGAUAUGACCGAGGUGUUCAUCAUCAGUGGACACACUGUCCAGAGCGUACGGCAGGAGCUUGGGAGGGCGAGGGAAAGGAUGAUCGAGCUGUCAAGAAGCAGAGAUGGAGGGAAGGAGGAGGGGAAGGAGGAGGGGAAGGAGGGAUGUUUCAUGGGUAACGGUUUCAGAGAACGACAAGAAGGAGAUGGUACAGGAGGAGGAGGCGGAGGGAAACAGCUGCAGUGCCCUCCCCCUCCUCCUCCUCUUCCUCCUCCUCCUCUUCCUCCUCCUUCUCCUCCUCCUCCUCCUCCCUCCAACCUAAUGGACAACAUCUUUGGAGAGUUUGCCCUCGUAAUCAACGGACACAGUCUGGCCCACGCACUAGAAGCAGACAUGGAGACAGAGUUUGUGUCGACAGCGUGCGCGUGCAAAGCGGUGAUCUGCUGCCGAGUCACCCCGCUGCAAAAGGCUCAGGUGGUGGACGUCAUCAAGAAGCACAAGAAGGUCGUCACUCUGGCUAUAGGAGACGGCGCUAAUGACGUUAGCAUGAUCAAAAGUGCUCAUAUCGGAGUUGGUAUCUCAGGUCAGGAGGGGAUCCAGGCCGUGCUGGCCAGUGACUACUCCUUCUCCCAGUUCCGCUUCCUACAGCGUCUCUUGCUGGUCCACGGCCGCUGGUCCUACCUGCGCAUGUGCCGUUUCCUCUGCUACUUCUUCUACAAGAACUUUGCCUUCACCAUGGUGCACUUCUGGUUUGGCUUCUUCUGUGGCUUCUCUGCACAGACGGUGUAUGACCAGUACUUCAUCACUCUCUACAACAUUGUCUACACCUCCCUCCCUGUGCUGGCCAUGGGGAUAUUCGACCAGGAUGUUCCUGACCAGAGGAGUCUGGAGUAUCCUAAACUGUAUGAGCCCGGGCAGCUCAACCUCCUGUUCAACAAGAGAGAGUUUUUCAUCUGCAUCGCCCAGGGCAUCUACACAUCAGUGGUGCUGUUUUUUGUCCCCUGUGCUGUCCUGUCCGACGCCACUCAGAGCACAGGAGUGCCCCUCGCUGACUACCAGACCUUUGCAGUCACCACGGCGACAGCCCUGGUCAUUGUGGUCAGUGUACAGAUCGCUCUUGACACGGGCUUCUGGACUGUUAUCAACCACGUGUGUGUGUGGGGCUCUCUGGGCUCCUUCUUCUCCAUCAUGUUCGCUCUGCACAGUCAGACCCUCUUCAAGAUCUUUCCCAAUCAGUUCCACUUUGUAGGUAGUGCCCAGAGCACAUUGUUGCAGCCAGUCGUGUGGUUAACUAUUGCGCUGGCGACAGCAAUAUGUAUAGUUCCAGUUUUGGCAUUCCGCUUCCUCAAGGUGGACCUGAAACCGCAGCUGUCAGACACGGUGCGCUACACUCAGCUGGUGCGGCAGAAGAAGAGAAAGCCGGUCGGUCGUAGCGUGGGCGGAGCCUGGCGUGGGUUGGGCAGUGUGUCAGAUGGCCGUCUGGGUGCUCGGGGGGGUUCCAGGCGAUCAGGCUACGCCUUUGCCCACCAGGAAGGAUUUGGAGAGCUCAUCACUUCAGGAAAGAACAUGAGGCUCUCAACUAUGGCCCUGGCCACCUUUGCCUCCAGACACAGCUCCAGCUGGAUCGACACGCUCCGGAGGAAGAAGCCCACUCACACUCACUGUCACACACCUCCCAGCGCCUCAGGGGCAAGCAGCCCAGCACGCAGUUGUGUGUCCGGGUCUGUUGCGCCGCUCUCAAAUUCCUCCUCUGUUCUGGGCGGUUCACAAGAUACGCCCAUCGAGGAGGUGACAGCCCAACAUACGCAGACUGUUCCCACUUUAUCCACACAAACACCACCAGCUGCAGAAGCAGCUGCACCUCAGGGUUCAGCCCAGGCCGUGAGUGCAGGCGUCCUUACCUCUGCAGCAGUGAGGCCCCAUGGGGGAGACUCACCCGGAGGCUGGACGAUCACUCUGGGCGCCGUGCAGGAAGCUCUGUUUGGUUGGAAGGCUCGGGCCACUGCAUCCAACAGCCCCCGCCCAUCCUCUGUCCCCAUGGAAACCAGCCAGAUUGAGUGAAACAUUCAGAAUGAAUCGAGGAAUAACUUGUUCACUACUAUCCAUCACAUGUUUGCACACACAUGCAGGAUGUGUGGCGUGCUUUGCUGGAGAGAUACUGAGGCAUAGAGAGCAGACUGUCAGUUCUCUCCGUUUCCCAACGGAAGCUUCUAUAAUAAGUCAAAUAAAUCCAAAUCAUCGGCAGUAGUGGCAUAUCCUAAUGACAUGGACCUUGUCCAACUAUGGAUUGAGAUUGAUUGGUGAUAUACAUGUUCCCACGGCAUAUGAGUACGGUUCAUGAUUGACUAGAACAUCAUGAGAUUUACAGCAACGGGUAACUUACUAUUAAUGAUGUAAAGGAUUAUUUCCACUUGUAAUUUUCAAAUUAUGCCAGAACCGAGCUUCCCUCAAAAUCAACAAUAGGUUGAAUGAAUGAACAGAAUAACAAGACGUUUAAUCAGUGAAGUGCAGGCCUUUUUCUUAAAGAUGUUUUUGUUCACUAUAGUUCUCAGUGAGAACGGUGCUUUACGUUACAGGACACUGUGAAACUGUUGCAGGUCCUUUAUCUCCCAUUGAUUUUGUUUCUUACUUGUUAUACCUUUACUUCAAAUGUUUUCCUUUUCAUUUUGCAUCAUAUUGAUGUGUUUUAUAAUGGUCAAGUUGAGUUGCACUUAAAGCGAGCUCUUCAAGCUUUUUCUCCUCUUUGCAGGUUGGCCGACGACCACAAGCUUUUAGGUUAGACUUGAGCAAAGUGCAAAGAAACUCGGAAAAAAACGCUGUAACGCACAUUAAAAGGGGAUUUGUCAAACCGUCAUUUCAGUAAUGGGCUUUAAAUUUGUCUGCACAUGAAGGAAAGGUGUUAGGAGAUAAUGACUCCUUUACAAUGCCACCAUUCUAGUCUAAAGCUUCCUGAUCCAUCAAUCAAGUUCAACAUACCAUUUGUGUUGCAAAUGCUACUGUCAAUUGUGGACCCUUACCUGAGUUGGGGGGUGAGAUAAUAAGUAGUAUAACCAGUGGAACAACAUAAACCUGUUCCAGGAUCAGCCCCUUCUACUGCAGUCUUCAACAAAGUAGCUUUUUAACUGAAAACACAGCAGUAUGCAAACAUGAUCUGCAAAAACAAGGCCAGAAAUGAAUGUACUGUUGAACGAUGAUCAAUA